UUACAGGGUGGACUUGUCAUUAACAUCUCUGAUUCAACUUGAAAAGGGAGACAAAAUGGGACGCAAGUUCAUCCACACAAGACCAUCAUAAUUGUCAAACUAUUCUAAGUCGUUACUGAAAUCUUUUACAUUGAAUGUAAUAUGAUCCAUAAAAAGAGAUACAUGAGCAAAAAACUUGGGUUUAUCAGACCAACAGGCAACAGAUACAACAUCCCCACUUCCUAGCAUAUAUUUUCCAUGCCUUUUCCAGCUGACUCCACAGGAUUUUAAGUACAUACAAGCUUGGAAUCACAAAAAGAAAUAAAAGCAAUACUUGACAUUUUACAGGUUGUAAAUUCAGUGAUGGCAGAGGCUAUGAUUGAGGUCCUUAUAGAGCAACUAAUUCAAGCACUCAAGAAACAGAGCGAGUAUGUUCUUGAAUUUCGAAGUCAGUUCAGUGAAAUGAAGGCACAGCUAGACCUUAUGAAAUCCUUUCUUAUAGAUGCUUACAAGCUCAAAAGAAAGGAGGAAACUGUGAAGACAACCUUAAGUAUGCUCAGAGAACUGAUUUAUGAUGCAGAGGACAUAUUGACAGACUGCCUCCUCAGAGCAGAAUAUAGGAAAGAAAGGUUUCACCUAAACAACUUCUCCCCGCAUGAGUUGAUCUUCCAGUAUCGUACAGGGAAAAAACUGAAAAGCAUUAAUGAGAGAAUUGAAAAGAUGCAGAAGAUCUUGCAAUCGUAUUUCAAGACAAUUGGACCACAAAGCAUCCAUGACAAAAGUGGUAGCUUUGGGAAGAGGUGGACAUCACCAGUCUAUGAUGAAUCUACAGUAGUUGGUUUGACAGAAGAUACAAGAAAGAUAAUAGGCUGGAUUCUUCCAGAAAACAGGGUAUUGCACCAAGUUGGGAUCGUGGGGAUGGGAGGUUUGGGAAAAACAACAAUAACACAGAAGAUCUUUAACAACAAACAAAUUGUUGAUCGUUUUGAGAAGAGGAUUUGGGUCUCAAUAUCUCAAACUGUCAAUGAAGAAGAGAUUAUGAAGACCAUGUUGAAACAAUUGGGAGAGGAUAUCAAUGGACUGGACAUGGCUCAAAUGCUACCAAAAAUUAAGCAAACGCUUGAAAAUCGGAGUUACUUGAUUGUAAUGGAUGAUGUAUGGAGUGCUGAAGGCUGGUGGGACAGAAUAUGUGCUGGGCUACCAAAGAGGGAGGGGAAAAGCAGUGGCAUGAUAAUCACAACGAGGAUAGAAAAUGUCGCAACUGAAAUGGGAGUUGAGAAAGCACGAAUUCAUCAGCCCAGAAUUCUGAAUGAAGAAGAAAGUUGGGCACUAUUUUGCAAAAUUGCAUUUGCAUCAGAUAUAGAAGCACAGCAGCAUUUUCAGUUGGAAGAAGUGGGGAAAGACAUAGUGAAAAAAUGCGGAGGACUUCCUCUAGCAAUCAAGACCAUAGGAGGCUUACUGAGGUCAAAAACUCAAUCUACAGAAGUCUGGAGAAGGAUUUGUAACAAUUUCCGUGAUGCACUGGCUACAAGAGAAAGUGAAAGUUCAGUCAUGGCUUCUUUACAACUUAGUUACGACGAGCUUCCUAUUCGAUUGAAGCAGUGCCUAUUGUGCUUUUCCAUGUAUCCAGAGGACUCCGAAAUAUGGGCUGAGCAGUUAGCUUGUUGGUGGAUUGGAGAAGGUUUCAUUGAGGGGAAUGGCACAAGAACCGCAAUGGAACUAGCCUUUGACUAUCUAUCUGAGCUCAUCAGCAGGUGCCUAGUUGAAGUUGUGCAGCAAAGAGGCUAUGAUGGAAGAAUCUACAGUUGCAAGAUGCAUGAUAUGGUGAGGGAUUUGACCAUCAAAAUUGCCAGAGAAGAGGCAUUUUGCAACUUUGACGAACAAGGCAGGCAACGGCCCUCACCACAGUCCCGACGUUUGAGUUUUACAUGUGAAGCAGACACAAAAUCACUAAACAGAAAAUCCAAGCUCCGGGCAGUGCUGACGAUGACAAACUCCCCAAUUAUAAUUUACAGGAAUAAUGGACUAUUUGCAGUUAAGUCCCUCAGAGUGUUAGAUUUCUCACAAAAUAGAAUGGAAAAUAUUAGCAUGGAUGACUUAUUCAUUUGGAUCAGUUCCCUUGAACGCCUAGCAUAUCUGAAUUUAAGGGGGGUUUCUACCCUAAAAGAAUUGCCGUGUUCAGUUGGAAAGCUGCAUAACCUCCAACUUUUGGUUUUAUCAGGAUGCAGUCAUCUACAAAAACUGACCUCAUCAAUUACAUCCUUGAAGAAGUUGACUAUCUUGGACAUCGGGUAUUGUCCUAUUCAAUAUGUUCCCCAGGGAAUGGGAAGGCUCUCAAAUCUCCAAGAGCUGUCCGGAUUCAAACUAGUGGGUGCUGCUAACAAGGAUGCUUGUAAAUUAAGGGAGCUCCAAAAUUUGUGGCGACUCAAGGUACUAAGAAUAAACAUGUGCGAAGAAAGUGAAAUAGAAGAAGAAGAACUAACAGUCCUAUCACAUCUUAAACAGCUUAAGGUUUUAUCAAUUAAUGCUGAAGGAUGUGACAAAGAAGAGAUUUUUCAGAAGCUGGAUAGACUUUCUCCUCCUCCACAUCUUCAAGAGCUGUAUCUGAGGUAUUACCGUGGCAUAUUUCCACCACAAUGGAUUAAUCCCACAUCUCUAUGCCAUUUGCAAUAUCUUUGCAUUGAAAAUGGAGACCUGAAGUCCAUGAACUCCAGCUUUGAGGAUAUAAAUGGCACCACUUGGAAGGUUGAAGGCCUAUGUCUGAAGUUCCUAGCAAGGUUGCAUAUGGAAUGGGAGAUGGUGCAGCGGAUGAUGCCGCAAAUAAGGUAUGUGGAGGUUAGCCACUGUUACAUGUUGAAGUCAUUCCCUUGUAACAUUGAAAAACUAGGGGUAUGGAGAAAAUGAGGGAAAAGAAAUCAUAGGGCCAGGGAAGAAAGACAGACUUGACAUUAAAAUAUCUACAGAAACUAGUGUCUUAAUGUCAUCUAUACAGGAUUUCCAUUUCUCUGGAAAUAAUACAUAGAGAUAGUUGCAUGUACAACAUCCCUGAACUGUUGAAUGAGUCAGUUUUUAAAGAGGGAAAUUUGUUUCUUUGUGGUUUCAGAGUUAUACUGUACUGAGUCACUUGAAUCAGCUUUGAAAUAAUAUUUUAAGAAGGCACACAUCCAGAUUCAAAACCAUUCAGUUAAGAGAAAUCUUUUAAUUUUCAGUCUAAUGUAUAAGUGUAUCAUUUUCGGUUAGUUGAAGCAGCUGUGAAUAAUAUGCUAAGGCCCCAGAUGUAAUCAAAAUUACUGAAUAGAGUUUGUUUUGUCUCAA